GGUGCCCCCCCCAGCCAUGCUGCAGGAGGAGGAGCAGCUGGCAGUUGCGGGUGCGGAGGAGGAGCGGCAGAUGCUGGAGAAGGCCCGAAUGUCCUGGGACAGAGACUCUAGUGAAAUGCGCUACAAGAGGCUUCAGCAUUUGCUGGAAAAAAGCAAUAUCUAUUCAAAAUUUUUGCUAACCAAAAUGGAACAACAGCAGCUAGAGGAACAGAAAAGGAAGGAGAAAUUAGAAAAAAAGCGAGAAGCGUUACUAAAAACUACAAAAGAUCAAAAUCUAACUGAUGGAAAAGAAGAGAAAUCAGCCGUGAAAAAGAAAAGAGGAAGAGAAGAUGGAACCUAUAACAUUUCAGAAGUCAUGUCCAAAGAGGAAAUCUUGUCAGUGGCCAAAAAAAGCAAAGUAGAAAAUCAGAUGCUUUGGGAAAAUGGCAUUAAUGGCAUUUUGGCUGAUGAAAUGGGAUUAGGAAAAACUAUCCAGUGCAUAGCAACAAUAGCACUGAUGGUAGAGAGAGGAGUUCCUGGACCAUUCUUAGUAUGUGGGCCCCUGUCUACACUUCCUAACUGGAUGUCUGAAUUCAAGAGGUUCGCUCCAGAGAUCCCCACAAUGCUGUACCAUGGAGCCCAGCAGGAACGUCGCAAAUUGGUUCACAAAAUUCACAGGCAACAAGGAUCACUGCAGAUCCAUCCUGUGGUCAUUACUUCAUUUGAAAUAGCCAUGAGAGACAGAAAUGCUUUACAGCAUUGCUUCUGGAAGUACCUGAUAGUGGAUGAAGGUCAUAGGAUUAAAAACAUGAACUGCCGUCUUAUCAGGGAAUUAAAACGGUUUAAUGCUGACAAUAAACUUCUGUUAACUGGUACUCCCUUGCAAAACAACUUGGCAGAGCUUUGGUCUCUGCUUAACUUCCUGCUCCCAGAUGUGUUUGAUGAUUUGAAAAGCUUUGAAUCCUGGUUUGAUAUUACAAGCAUUACAGAAAUAGCUGAAGAUAUUGUUGCUAAAGAAAGGGAGCAGAACAUCUUGCAUAUGCUGCAUCAGAUUUUGACACCCUUCUUAUUGAGAAGACUGAAAUCUGAUGUAGCUCUUGAGGUCCCUCCUAAACGAGAAGUUGUGGUGUAUGCACCAUUGACAAAGAAGCAAGAAACCUUCUAUAAGGCCAUAGUAAACCGGACCAUUAGAAAACUGCUUGGGAACAAUGAGAAAGAAGUGGUUGAGUUGAGUCCUACAGGCCGACCAAAGCGCCAGAGUCGAAAAUCCAUUAAUUAUCGUGAAAUAGAUGAAAUAACACCCGAUGAUAUGGAAAAACUGAUCAGCAAAAUGCAGGAGGAAGUAGAAAAAGAGAGGCCAGUGAUAGAAAUGAGCAUUCCCAUGGAUUCAGAAGUUAACCUUAAGAUGCAGAAUGUUAUGAUGUUACUGAGAAAAUGCUGUAACCAUCCAUACCUCAUUGAAUACCCACUGGACCCUGCCACACAACAAUUUAAGGUUGAUGAAGAUCUAGUGAAGAAUUCAGGCAAAUUCCUGCUCUUAGACCGGAUGCUUCCAGAAUUGAAAAAAAGGGGACAUAAGGUGCUGUUGUUCUCACAAAUGACAAUGAUGUUGGACAUUUUGAUGGAUUAUUGCUAUUUAAGAGAUUACAGAUUUAGUCGUUUGGAUGGAUCCAUGUCCUAUGCAGAGAGAGAAGAAAAUAUGCAGAAAUUUAACAUUGAACCCGAAGUCUUCCUAUUCUUAGUGAGUACACGGGCUGGAGGUCUGGGCAUUAACUUAACUGCAGCAGACACUGUCAUCAUUUAUGAUAGUGACUGGAAUCCCCAGUCUGACCUUCAGGCCCAGGACAGGUGCCACAGAAUCGGCCAAACUAAACCAGUUGUUGUGUAUCGCCUUGUAACAGCAAAUACUAUUGAUCAGAAGAUUGUGGAGAGAGCUGCUGCCAAGAGGAAGCUAGAGAAGCUCAUUAUCCACAAAAAUCAGUUUAAAGGUGGUAAAUCUGGGUUAAGCCAAUCAAAGAGCUGCUUGGAUCCUCAGGAAUUAAUGGAAUUACUGAAAUCAAGAGAUUACGAAAGAGAGGUUAAAGGAUCCAGAGAGAAAGUAAUCAGUGACAAAGAUUUAGAGUUACUGUUAGACAGAAGUGAUCUUAUCGACCAAAUGAAAAGGUCCCAAACAGUUAAAAAGGAAAAAGUGGGUGUCUUCAAAGUCUUAGAAGAUUCAGAAAACUCCAGCGUAGAAUGUGUUUUUUGAAGUGUGACUGGCCUCUAAGCUACAUGCAGCUGAAGUCAGACCGUGCAAGGCCAUCAUUUUACAAUGAUUCGUUACACUGAUUUUUAAAGCUGGUUUAAAAUGUUAUGCUUUUAUGUGAUUUGUAACAUAUCUAGUAGUCUCAUACUUGUAACUUUGUUAAUCUAACAUGAACAGUUCACAAAAUAAACACAUUACAGCCUGUCAGUUUUUUAUGAUCCAGUGGCAAACACUGCCAAAUUUGUACAAAUCUUCCUGUGGAAGUCUUGCUAAGCCUUUUGUUCUCUACAAGACAAAGUAUCAAUGGUUUUUAUUUGGGAGGGGAAGAAUUUUUAGUGCAUUUGUUUACAACCAGUUGUGUAACUUCAGUAAAACUUUUUGAUAAAAUUGUCCCUUUG